AUGUUUGCGUUCGCCUCUUCCCGCGCCGUCGCGUGCGCGCCCGCCGCCGUCGCGCGGGCGUCGCUACAAGCCGCUCGUCCCGCCGUCCGCGUUUCGUUCGCGGCUGUUCGGACGUCCGCUCCCAGCGCACUGCGAUCAGACCUCGUCUCUGCUCACCCCGCCAUCUCCUCCCUCUCGUGCUCGCUCGCAGGUCUGCGCCUCUCCCCAGAGAGCUCUGGGCGCAUGGUGUUCCCCGUGUCAAGGGGAUCUCGGCUUGUGGUGCGAGCAGGAGGCACCAGCAUUGGCUGCACCAAGCGCCACGCCUCCCGCAAAAAGCGCGCCCGGGUGUCUGGUUACCGCGCGCGCAUCGCCACUAAGGACGGGCUCAAUGUGCUGAAGCGCCGCCGUGCUCGUGGCCGCAAGGUGCUUGUUCCCCAGGCGUCGUCGCGCACAGGGAAGCGUGCUUAA